GGGGGGGGGGGUGUAGCAGUACAACUGUUUUUUUAUCAAGUUUAGUUUGUAUUUGACACACAGUUUAAACAAUUCCUGGUUAAGCAAGCAGGACAGGUAGGGUAGGCUACUACACCUUUUCUCAUAAGUUGUCAGGAGGGCCAUCCUAACAUACUUCUCCUUAUAGCUUAGAGUUAUGACAUGGUCACGGAAGACCUACAUGUGAUGGCAUGGGGGAUAGGGGUGAGGCUUUUAUGUGGUUCUGAUCUUGAUGUUGGUUCACUGAUAACAGUGUGACGCCUUUGGCUUGGUUUGAUUGGAUCAGAAAGUCUGCACUUUUUCUCAACCAGAAGAAGAAAAAUGGCUUGAAUUAUUCUGGCUAUAGCCAACUGAUUUUAUCGUGUGUGUGAUGUGUAGCCUGUGUGUGUAAUUUGAUAAGUUGUUAUUUAUGUCAAUAUAAAUGAUGUCAAUAAUUUUCCUUUUUUUCAUUUCUUGAUAUCAUGUAGUUUUCAGCCUAGUCUAUGUAGAGUGCUGCAUCUUUUCUCCCAUCACCCCUCUAGUCUCUUUCCCUGCUGAAGUGCUUUCAGAAAUUCUUGUGAAGUCAUGUGUAGUCUCUGACUAUUCGUGUAAAAGUGAAAGGAAGCCUAUGUGGGUUAGACGAGGUGAGACUGGGCGCCGGUGCUCGCUCGCUUGCUCGCUCUCUCGCCAGGAAAUGUGCGAGUUCUUGGAAACAAGCUUAUCACGCCACGUACGGGGCCACUUACCAGUAACCACACCCAGAGGACUUCUGCUCAGCACCUUUCACACAUGGCCUACAUGCUGCUCACACUGAGGUCAGGUACAUUGGAAAGUCAUAUCAGGAUAGAGGAGGGUUUACAAUGCAGGGAUCUAAAGGAUCAUGCAAUAAUACCACACAUAUUUUUAAUAAAGAGCUGAAUAUCUGCUGCAAGAAGUGUGAACCUGGGUUUCAUAAAAAAUCUGAAUGCUCCCCGGGGAAUGAUACGGUCUGUGAGCCUUGUCCCAAUGGAAAAUGGUCAGGGUACAACUACCACAAUAACUGCUUCAGAUGCACAGCGUGUGAAAAAAAAGGCUUGAAAUAUGCUCAGAAAUGCUCAGCAACCAGGGAUGCAAAGUGUACUUGUCCGCCUGAAUGGUACUGCUCCAUGGGAUACGAAGAGCCGUAUUGCUCAGGACAGUGCAGAUCAUAUACACUCUGCUCACCAGGUCAUGGCGUUGUCAAAGCAGGAACGGCCCGUUCAAAUGUGAAGUGUGGUCCCUGUCCACCUGGAACUUUCUCUGAUCAAAUGUCCGCCACCCAGAAGUGCCAAGCCAACUCAACUGUGCGUCCUGUCCCUACUGACCGGGUGGAUCCUAGCUCAUCAACCAUACAAAAGCCCACCACACAAGGCACAACCCUGAGCCCUCCAAUGAACAUGCGAGCCAGCGACAUCACACCCUCUGCUUUGUGCGUGUCCUCUUCCACGCCGACAGGACCACAAAGUGUAAUCUCAGUGCCCUCUAAUGGUGCCUCACACCCCUCUGAUCUGACAGUUCUAGCUCCUUUGGUGUGUUUUGGAGCUUUUGUGAUCGCUGCUGCCGGCCUGCUUUGCUUUUUCUAUCUCAGAAAGAGAAAUGGUUCACCUGAAAAGGAAACUAAAGUUGAAAAUGGCUAUCUGAAAGUUGGCCUCACUUCUUCGCCCAGCCAUCCAGAGUGCCAGCUCCUCCUGAACCGCAGUGGCCCAGCUGGCCCCUGUGUCUCCUCGUCAGAAAAACAAACCAGGUCCGGGCCCUCAACCGGGCCCAAUCCCAGCCCUGCUGGUGCUUCCAGCUGCUAUGUAAACCAGGACGACAUCCGCGUGGAGCUUCCCCAGUCUCCCACCGUUCACCAGGUCGUCAAUCUCAACCUCAGCAUCGUGGCUUCAGCCUCUGCAGCUCCUCUCGUCCCCUCUGGCUCCAGCACACCCCGGCCCAACGGGCGGCCUCCCGAGAUGGACACUGAGCUGCCCUUGUCCCAGGAGGAAGUGGACGUCUCCUCUUGCCAAACUGAGCAAGGCAAGGAGGCUCACACCGCGGUCCCGGAGACUGGGGAGUUUGUGUGCUAAUGAGACUGGAGGGAGGUUGAGGCCUGUACUUGGACAUGGUGCUCAGUGCCCCAAAGACUCAAGAGUGAGGGAGGAAAGUGCGUCUCCCCGUGAGGGAAUCUGAGGGAGGCGCAGUGAGAUGGUGCUCUAACACACAUUCCUCUGAUAGGACCUUACUCUGACACAGGUCUGGCCCAGGGCUACGCCUAGUCAGGGCCAGACACGUUCCAUAGUAUGCACAUCUGAGAGUUAAGGCCAUUAUUGUAAUGUACAUUUUAGAUUUGAUGUUUUGUCAUAUCUGUCAAAUUAAUGUUGCCAUCAGUGAUGGCUACUCAUCAAAUAUCUGUUGUACAUUUGGAAAACUACAUUAUGGUUACCUUAACUUAACUGGUUGUCUUUUAACCAAUACAGACAUUUUGAACAGGACUGUGGUGCCACCUAGUGGUCAAACUAUGCUACUACUAUAUAAUGCAAUAAAUGAGGAGUUGGGUUCCAAAACGCUAUAUCUCCAUUUUUAAAAACAUUAAAAAGUCAUGUUAUUUAAUUGUUUAUAUUAGGUAAUAUCAAUUACAUUGCAGUUGUGUUGUUUUGAUUGAGUAAAGAUAAAUCAAAUAGCAAUACCCAAUUACGGUUCAUCUGAAAUUACUUGGAAAACCAAACUCUUCACUCUUUUGGAACCAAACUCUUCAAAUAUAGAAUACAAAUAAUAAAUUCCUCUAUUACCAGCCACCACACACUUUCAUUUCUGAAUGUAGAUGUAAUGUUUUAACCAUGCACUGACAAAAGCUUUCCUUGCCACGGCUAUGUAAAGUCGUUUCUCAGUAUUCCAGGCAGAUGAGCACAUUAGCUUGGAAUUCCAUUUUGUAUAGGCAUCACCAGUGAUCAAAAAUGAUGUGCUUGCUUUGCAUUAAAAGCCUUUUUAAAUAGGUGUAAAUGAGCAUGGAUGGGUUAUGCGGUUCUCAUCAAUUAAGCUGGACCUCUAGUAUGAAUGGAUUCACAGCUGUUUCACAGAAAUAACUGAACUUUUGAUGCUGAAGACUUUUUGAUAUUGUGUCAUUUUUUAUGAAUUUGUUCUAUUUUGCACUUUAGUUAUGAUGACAAUGACAAUGUUUGAAUGUUUGUACUGACCAAUAUUAUAUGUCAUCUUUGUCCAUAUUUGUUAUAUUUUUGUACAAGUAAAUAUAAACGAUGUAUUAAGUUUGA